GUCACAUUUUAUGCAUUUAAUUUUCUAUCACGCAAUCGGUAAGAAGCGGAAUAUAUAUAAUUAAUUUAAAGUAGAAAGAGACCUAGUAAUUAUGAUAAAGAUAUUUGAUUAUUUAAGUAGUUUUUCCGAUUAUUUAUCUAAAAUCAUAUAUUGACACAUUUUUAAAAUAAUAAUUUUUAAUCACUUAUCAAUCACAAAAGAAUAAAUAAGAAAUCAAUUAUUUUUCAAUACAUUUUCGAGUAUAUUCUUUACUCUUCCUAUAUAUAACGAUGCAGAACCGCUUAUAUGCAGAAACACAAACUUUCUGUUUAACGAAUUUAGGAGAAAACAAAAUUCUUAAGAAAACAAAAAUAAACACAGAGAGAAAUGGCAGAAGAGGGACAAGUCAUAGGUUGUCACACCGUUGAUGCAUGGAAUGAACAACUUCAGAAAGGAACUGAAACCAAAAAAUUGAUAGUCGUGGACUUCACUGCAUCUUGGUGUGGUCCCUGUCGGUUUAUUGCCCCAUUCUUGGCAGAAUUGGCCAAGAAACUACCCAAUGUUAUCUUCCUGAAGGUGGAUGUGGAUGAACUGAAGUCGGUCGCUACUGAUUGGGCUGUGGAGGCAAUGCCAACUUUCAUGUUCCUCAAGGAGGGGAAUAUCGUCGAUAAGGUUGUAGGAGCUAAAAAAGAUGAGCUGCAGCAGACCAUUGCCAAACACAUUGGUAGUGCAUCAGCCUAAUAAUAGCUUUAUUUCUACAUAGCCAUUGAUGUAUGACUGUUUACAUAUAUACUAAUAUACAUAUCUGGUGAGAGUUUAUCUUAGCAUCAGCAAGAAUUAAUUUGAAAUCCAGUCUUGUAAUGGGCUUUGAAUUUGUGAUUAUAUAAAGUAUGAUAUUUACUUUUUA